AUUUUCCGAUUAUUGUGUUCACCAAGAAUCCAAGAUGGCUGUUUUUUUAAGGCCAUCGUGUAAUCGUUAUGGCUUCGGUUUGAUUAGUUCAAGAGGAAGAUCAAUUUCAACUUUCCAUCACUUGCAAAAAUACAACUGUGUAGUUCCAACACAUUCUACAACACAUCAACGUUGCCUAAAGUCAGUGUUUCCGUUAUGUGUAAAGACUUCGUUUCAUACAAACUGCUUGUCGCAACAGAAAGAUGUGUCUCAUAAACAUGAAGUUGGCUCAUCACAUUGGAAAAUGUUUCGUUACCUCUCUGUCAUCAUGAUUGGAGUCUAUCCCGCAGCAAUUCUUGCACCAACUCCUGUCAUUGAUUGGGCAAUUGCAAUAACAUUUCCAUUGCAUUCUUAUUGGGGGACUAAAGAAGUCAUAUCGGAUUAUAUUCCUCAAUUAUUCUCCACCAAAUCCAUUACAACUGCCACUGUUUAUGCAUGGGCUGGGAUUUCCAUUUUGACUUUUUUUGGCUUAGCUUACUUAAAUAUUUAUGAUGUUGGUGUAUGUAAGGCUGUUGCUAUGUUAUGGAAACUAUAAACUUUUAUGUUGUAUAAAGGUUAAUGUAUGAUUUUCUUUUGAUUGUGUACGGUAUGUGUUUGAAAAUUUUGUAAACUUGCAUCAGUGCUUUGCAUAUAAGUAAUGAUAAGGUUAAUAUUUCUAAAUAUGUGGGAGCAAUCCACGUAAGUAUUUAUUUUCAAUAAUGAAAUAAUUUUUCAAAGUAA